UCCAACGGUGACUGCUUCCAGCUUCCAGCAUUGAGAGCCAGAGAGAAAAGUCUCUAACUGGAAAUGCCCAGGAUCUCAGAGACCUAGCCCCACAGCAAGAGUGAAUGUAGGUUUCUCCAGGGGUUCCCAUCUAUAAUAAGGGUGAGUUCCCAGGUGGGCAUGGUACCACAUGCCUAGAGUCUUAGCUGCUCUAAAUCCUGAGCUAGAAAAAUCGUAAAUUCAAAGCCAGCUCAGGCAGUAGUCUCAAAAAAAGAAGGCGGGGGAGUGGGGAACGAGAGAGGGAGAAAAAGAGAAAGAAAAAAAGAAAGAGAAAGAAGAAAAAGAAAGAUUCUGAUGUGGGAAAUGUUUAUUUAGUACCAAUUGUUUAUUUAGUCAGUGAUCCCUCGAUCUGUGAUCCUCAAAUGAGAACACAGACACAAAAGAGUCUAUGAAGAUUUCAAGAGAAGUCAGAGGUGCAAACCUGUAAGGUGGCCCUGGUGAAACUAAAGAAUUUCCUAAAAAGCAAAGAACCUGAUCAAGGACUUCAAUCAAAUUAUUGUUGAGAAAUGGCAAGUUUCCAUCAUACAUACCCAGUCGUGCCACAGGAUGGAGACAAAGCCUUUGACAGAUGGACCCGUGAAGGUCAUUGAAGAUUCAACCAACUACAAGCCAUGAGAUUAUAAGAAAUUGCCAAAAGAAUAUAUAAAGGAGGAUAGCAAGAUGGUACAAAGCUGAGUGCCCUGAGUGACCCUGAAAACCCCAAAACUUUCAGAUAUAAGAGCAAGAAGAUCCCUUUCUGCUUAAUGUUAACACCACAGGCUCUUCUCCUGCAUCACCAGCACAUAGCCCUGUGGUUACCAUGCCUUGGUCACCAAAGAAGCAGCAAAUCUCUCCAAUUUACCAUGGCAACCUCUUCUUGCUAUAUCUUUGUUUCCAGUUUCCCACAUUAAUUUCAGGAGAAUUCCAAAUCCAGGGGCCUCAUGAACCUGUGGUGGCUCUGGUGGGUGGUGAAGCAGAGCUACCGUGCUACCUCUUACCUCGCCAAAACGCUCAUCAUAUGCAGAUACGCUGGUCACGCUUCCUGUCCUCCCAGGUGGUGCACGUGUACAAGGAUGGGAUGGACCAGCCUGGAGAAGCCUUGGGGGAGUAUUCAGGGAGGACAAUACUUGUAAAAGAUGCUAUCUCUAUAGGGAUUGUGGUCCUGAGAAUCCUCAAUGUCCAGCCCUAUGACAAUGGGCUAUAUCGCUGUGGAUUCCAACAUGACUCUUUCUACAGUGAUACACUGAUUGAGCUGAAAGUCGCAGUUGUAGGUUCAGAUCCUCACUUUCAUGUGGAGGUUACUAAAUUCGGAGAAAUCCAAUUGGAGUGCAAGUCAGCAGGCUGGUUCCCUCAGCCCGUGAUUCAGUGGAUAAACUCUCAGGGAAAAACAAUUCCCUCUGUGUCUCAGACUCACAGCCAGGACAAGAGAGGCCUGUUCCAGGUAACUGCAUCACUGCUACUCAGAAAUCCUUCUGAGAAUGUGACCUGUUCUAUCUGGAACGAAGUCCUGAAUCAGAAAAAAGAAGAACAAUUGUCCGUAGCAGUCGCAGAAUACUCGUUCUACACACUAAUCAUGGCUGUGAUGGCAACUGUUAUACUACUAUUGAUUCUCGCAAUCAUUGGAUUUUGUUUAUACAAACACAGACAAGGUACAAGAAAGAACUCAAAACCUAGAACAGCCAGGAAAAAAAACUCUUCACAUUGGGCUACUACCUGCCUUUCUCAGCAGGAUCCAGGUGAACAAAGGGAGGUGCCCUUUACUUCCUCCUUGAGGAACAAAGGUAAAAGUCCCAGCAAUCAGCUCCUGGCUUCCUCCACUAGCAAGAAACAGGUGAAUCAAGAGGAGAGUCCCCGUGACAAGCCACUUCCUUCACCCACUAAAGGGACCCCGGUGCUCCAAGGACAGAGGCCCGGCGAUCAGCUCCUGGAUUCCUCCACUAGCAGGAAACAGGUGAAUCAAGAGGAGAGUCCCCGUGACAAGCCACUUCCUUCAUCCACUAAAGGGACCCCGGUGCUCCAAGGACAGAGGCCCGGCGAUCAGCUCCUGGAUUCCUCCACUAGCAGGAAACAGGUGAAUCAAGAGGAGAGUCCCCGUGAAAAGCCACUUCCUUCAUCCACUAAAGGGACCACGGUGCUCCAAGGACAGAGGCCCGGCGAUCAGCUCCUGGAUUCCUCCACUAGCAGGAAACAGGUGAAUCAAGAGGAGAGUCCCCGUGAAAAGCCACUUCCUUCAUCCACUAAAGGGACUCCGGUGCUCCAAGGACAGAGGCCCGGCGAUCAGCUCCUGGAUUCCUCCACUAGCAGGAAACAGGUGAAUCAAGAGGAGAGUCCCCGUGACCAGCCACUUUCUUCCUUCACUUAUGGGACCACGGUGCUCCAAGGACAGAGGCCCGGCGAUCAGCUCCUGGCUUCCUCCACUAACAGGAAACAGGUGAAUCAAGAGAAGAGUCCCCGUGACCAGCCACUUUCUUCCUUCACUUAUGGGACCCCGGUGCUCCAAGGACAGAGGCCCGGCGAUCAGCUCCUGGAUUCCUCCACUAACAGAAAACAGGUGAAUCAAGAGAAGAGUCCCCGUGACCAGCCACUUUCUUCCUUCACUUAUGGGACCACGGUGCUCCGAGGACAGAGGCCCGGCGAUCAGCUCCUGGAUUCCUCCACUAACAGGAAACAGGUGAAUCAAGAGAAGAGUCCCCUUGACCAACCACUUUCUUCCUUCACUUAUGGGACCACGGUGCUCCAAGGACAGAGGCCCCGAGAUCAGUUCCUGGAUUCCUCCACUAACAGGAAACAGGUGAAUCAAGAGAAGAGUCCCCUUGACCAGCCACUUUCUUCCUCCACUUAUGGGACCACGGUGCUCCGAGGACAGAGGCCCCGAGAUCAGUUCCUGGAUUCCUCCACUAACAGGAAACAGGUGAAUCAAGAGAAGAGUCCCCUUGACCAGCCACUUUCUUCCUUCACUUAUGGGACCACGGUGCUCCGAGGACAGAGGCCCCGAGAUCAGUUCCUGGCUUCCUCCACUAACAGGAAACAGGUGAAUCAAGAGGAGAGUCCCCGUGACCAGCCACUUUCUUCCUCCACUUAUGGGACCACGGUGCUCCAAGGACAGAGGCCCCGAGAUCAGUUCCUGGCUUCCUCCACUAACAGGAAACAGGUGAAUCAAGAGGAGAGUCCCCGUGACCAGCCACUUUCUUCCUCCACUUAUGGGACCACGGUGCUCCGAGGACAGAGGCCCCGAGAUCAGCUCCUGGCUUCCUCCACUAACAGGAAACAGGUGAAUCAAGAGAAGAGUCCCCGUGACCAGCCACUUUCUUCCUUCACUUAUGGGACCACGGUGCUCCGAGGACAGAGGCCCGGCGAUCAGCUCCUGGAUUCCUCCACUAACAGGAAACAGGUGAAUCAAGAGGAGAGUCCCCUUGACCAGCCACUUUCUUCCUUCACUUAUGGGACCACGGUGCUCCAAGGACAGAGGCCCGGCGAUCAGCUCCUGGAUUCCUCCACUAACAGGAAACAGGUGAAUCAAGAGAAGAGUCCCCGUGACCAGCCACUUUCUUCCUUCACUUAUGGGACCACGGUGCUCCGAGGACAGAGGCCCCGAGAUCAGUUCCUGGCUUCCUCCACUAACAGGAAACAGGUGAAUCAAGACGAGAGUCCCCGUGACCAGCCACUUUCUUCCUCCACUUAUGGGACCACGGUGCUCCGAGGACAGAGGCCCCGAGAUCAGUUCCUGGCUUCCUCCACUAACAGGAAACAGGUGAAUCAAGAGGAGAGUCCCCGUGACAAGCCGCUUCCUUCCUCCACUAAUGGGAUCUGGGUGUACUGAGGGGAGUGUCCCAAUGAUCAGAUCUUCCCUUCCUCAACUGUAGAGACCUAGGUGAACAGCUAAGAGACCCAGAGAUGGGCCCCUUCCUUCCUCUCCCAGUGAGACCCAAAUAAACCAAGGAAGAGUCCCUGAAAUCUGCUCCUCCAUUCCUCCCUCCACUGGCAGGACCUUUGUGUCCCUCUGGAAGACACCCAUAGAUCAGCGCCUGCAUCACUCCAUGGGCAGGACCCAGGUGUAUUACAGGGAGAUUCCUGGAAAUCAGCUCUUCUCUCCCUCUGUUGGCAGUUUCCAGUGAUGACCACAGUUUGAAAGCCAAAGAUUCCUCCUACCCUCUCUAGGCAAGGCCAGGAAACUAACAGGAAAGUCAGUGAUGCAUCAAACCUCCAGGUAGCGCCCAAAUGAUGGACUAGCAAUCCAAAACAUCAGUAACAGUAAGAGACAGCAGGUGGUAAGUUAGGUGAACCUGCAUUGUGCCUAGAGACAAAGACACUCAGAAUAAAAGCAGGCAGGUAGGGCUGUCCCCCAUUCUUUCUUUCUUUCUUUUUAAUUUGUUUUCCUUUCUAAAUGGCUGGUGAGAACUCCAGCCACAGAAACUAACCUCAAACCCCAAAUUCAUAGAUGAAGUUCAGCCUCAAACCCAGUACAAACACACCUGCAAUGUUGGUCAUAGUACACAUUUCUAGGGUCCAAACUUAGACCUGCCCUAGAACAAUAGACACUAGAGGAAUUUCACAGGUUUUAUUUUCUCUGAUUAGUUUUCCUCUUUGUAGGCUGGAUUAGUGACUUUUUCCUCUUUCUUUCUGCUCUGCUUUGUCCUGUUUUGUUUUUCUUUCAGUAUGUUUGGUUGUUUUUCAGUGCGUAGUUGUUUUUGUUUCCUGGUGAUUUUUUUCUUUUCUUUUUUUCUUUCAUGAUUUAGAACCUUAACCUUUCUUUUUGUUUUACUCUAUUUGUCCUCUCCCUCUCCUGAAUUAUCUUGCUUGAUUUGAUAAUACUUUCAUAUGAGUAAACAUUGUCUCUUCCCUUUCUAUUUCACUUCAAUACUCCUAGGCUUUUUCUUCCAAUUCUUCCCACUUGUGUCCUUUAAUUACCCCAAAUUUGGAUGAUCAUCCCAUGCCCCUAACUUUACUUCUACAAUAUUUAACCUCAUUCAUUUCUGCAUCCUACCUGGACACAAUUGAAUUACCAAAACUAAAUCACAAGAAUAUAAAAAUUGUAACACAGUAUCAGACAAUAAAAUUGAAAAUGUAGUUAACAACCUACUAACAAAGAAAUGCCAAGGUACUUACAGAUCCACUUUUGAAUUCUAUAAGAAAUUUAAAGAACUAAUGCUACUAAUGCUGAAACUCUUUAAAGAAACUGAAAGGGAAGCAAUACUUCCAGUUAUUCCUAGAAGCAAAUAUUACUCUGAUUUCAAAACUAGAAAAGAAUCCAACCAAAAAAAUAAAAAGAAAAGAAAACUACAGGCCACUCUCCCACAAUGAACAUAGACAUAAAAUUUCUCAAAAAGACACAGGCAAAAGAAUGAAGCAAAUUACUAAGAUGAUUAUACACCAUGACCAAGUAGAAUUCAUCCAAGGAAUGCAGAGAUGGUUCAACACAUGCAAAUCAAUAAAUGUAAUACACCAUAUUAACAGAAUCAAAGACAAAAAUCAUGUGAUCAUCCCAAUAAAUGCAGAAAAAGCAUUUGACAAAGUUCAACUCCCAUUCGUGGUUUAAAAAACACCUACAGAUUGUAAUAAAGGAUUGUAAUAAAGGAUGUAAUAAAUUGUAAUAAAGGAUCUUUAUCUCAACCUGAUAAAAGCCAUCUACGACCAACAAACAGUUGACAUCCUACUAAAUGGUCAAAAAUGAAAAACUUUUGCUCUAAAAUCAGGAACAAGACAAAGAUAUCCACUAUCAUCACUCUUAUUCAAUAUAGUUUUGGAAACAUUAGUUAAAGCAACUAGAAAAGAGAAAAAAAGGAACAAGGAUAAUUAUCAUUAUUGCAAAUGACAGGAUAUUCUACAUAGAAGAUUUUAAAAGUCCAGCAAAAGACUUGUAAAUUUAAAAACCAGAUUCAGUAGUGUAGCUGGAUACAAAAUCAACAGCAUUCCUGCACACAAGCAAUGAACUCACAAAGAGUUAGGGAAUCACACCCUUUACAACGGCAUCUAAAAAAUGAAAUACUUAAUCUAGCAAAGGAAGUAAAAGAUCUAUAUAUUGAAAAUUACAAUACUAUUCCAUUUCAUAUGACUUUUUCAUUACAUGUUUAUGGGAGUAUCUUUUGUUUUGUCUCUUUGUUUUGUUUCUCCCUUUAAUAUAGAAAGGAUAGAAAUACAUGUAGAGACUCAUGCAUGCGUAGAACCUAUAAACAGUUUAUGAGGCCUGAUCUUAUAACACAUGAUGAAAUGAACAACUACUGAAGAAAAAGAGACAUUAUAGUACUGAGUGCUGAUCCCAUAGUGUAAUGAUGUGAAAUCCAGCAAUACUAUUAUUCUUUGUUCAGAGUGAUUUUAGCCUGCUUUGGUUUGGUUAAUCUCAACAUACAUGAAUAUAUGGAUAACUGCAUGUAUGUUUAGGUGUAUAGGAUUGUUAACCAUAUUACUAAGUUCUUGUUGGAUAGUUGAACAGAACUGUUUGCAGUCUCACUGUUUGAAUGUCCACUUUGUGUGCUUCACUUUUAUAUCUUGAACAACUAUUUGUAAGAAGACAAUAUGUAAUUAUCAACUAGCAAUUUCUUUCUCUUUAUUUUUUCUUUGAAAUUACGUAUUAUUUUUACCCUUUUUGUCUUGUUUAUUCUCGCUUUAAAUAAAAUUUAAAAAAGAAAGUACUAUGAAAUGUGAAACCAAAGAAGAUAUCAGAAAAUGGAAAGAUAUCCCCAGCUCAUGAGUAGAAUGAGCCAACAUGGUGAAAAUGGCUAUAUUCCCAAAACUGUUAUACAGAUUCAAUAAAACCCUGAUCAAAAUA